GCCUCGCGGAGGAGCGAGAGCGAGAGCGCGCGCGCGGGGGGGGAAGGGCGAGAGGAGAGCAGUCACGUGACCAGUGGUGGGCGCCGCUGCUGCCGCCGCCGCCGCCGCUUUGUGAGCACGUUGGGCAGAUUUUCUAUUUUGUACAUACAUUGUUUUGUAUAUACUGUAUAUGAUGACGUCGGUGGGCAGUGAACGUCCUCGGGGCGCUCGAGACAAAGUGCAGAUUUCGACCGCGCAGCUGACACAACCACAGAAACCAGUUGUACAGGCAACAGCAGAACAAAUUCGCCUUGCCCAGAUGAUCUACGAUAAGAACGACGCAGACUUUGAGGAUAAAGUGAAGCAGCUUAUGGAAGUGACUGGGAAGAAUCAGGAUGACUGCAUAGUGGCUCUACACGACUGUAACGGGGACGUGAACAGAGCGAUCAAUAUCUUGCUGGAAGGAAGCUCAGACACAACUUCGUGGGAGACGGUGGGAGGAAAGAAGAAAAGUCUUGGAAAGGAAAGUUCAGAAAACAAAGAGAACAGAGAAAAGCGAGGGGACAGAGAAGUGAGCCGUGGACGGGGAAGUUCCAACAGACGAGGAAGAGGGGGCAGCCGUGGUCGAGAGUUUAGAGCAGAGGAGAAUGGCGUGGAUAACAGCCAAGGGGAGAGGCCUUCCGAUCGUGGGAAACGCGGGAGAGGAAGAGGAUUUGGACGUGGCAGAGGAAGAGGAACAGGGAGGUUUUCAGCCCAAGGCAUGGGGACAUUUAACCCUGCAGAUUAUACAGAAUCUUCUGCCACGGAUGGCUUUGGAAGGAAACAAGACUCCUGGGAGUCUGGACAGAAUGAUGGAGAUGAUGGUACAGGAGCGUGGAAGAACUCGAUAGAAGAAUGGACAGCUGAAGAAUGGAAUGAAGAUCUUUCGGAAACCAAGGUCUUCACUGCUUCGUCUGCUCCAGCCGAGAAUCAUGUUGCCGCCGGUCAAAGCAUCGACCUGGUUGCCCUGCUUCAAAAGCCGGUGACUUCUGGCCAAGAAACGGAGGGGAACUCCUUCGAGGCAUCCAAGCAGCAGAACUUUGGGCAAGCUUUGGUCUUCACGAAUUCCCAGCACAACUCCUCUCAGAUGGCCUUGGGAGCCAGUAAUGCAAGUGCCGUGAACUCCUAUUCUCCCCAGAGCCGGUCUUCAGUCCUUUGUUCUGGAUUUGGAGAGCUUGGGUCUACGAAACUGGCCAACUCCACUGGAUCUCCGAUCUUAGAGCAGUUGAAAUCCCCAAGUUUGAGCCAGUUCACUUCACAAGGUUCUCUCACUACAAACUCCCCUGUUUCCACAACGGCAUCAUCAUCAUGGGAAGGAAAGCCUUCAAUUUCACAGCCUUCUAUUCUCAGUCAGUUUGACUUCAAAUCUCAACCUGAGCCAUCCCCAGUCCUGAGUCAGCUGACGCAGCGGCAGCAGCAGCAACAGCAGCAGCAGCAACCGUGCAUCGCACCUGCCCCACCUCCUGGACUAGAGUCCUUCACUCAGCAAAAAGCCCGAGAGCCGUCGCCAGUGGACAACUCCAUAGCGGUCAGCAAAAUGCUGCACCUCCCGAGCUUGUCUGCAGAGAACCAGGUGGCCUCCCCGCAUCAAGUGCAACAGAAACAGAUCAAGCUGCCGAAACGAAGGAUACCCCCGGCGUCUAAGAUCCCUUCCUCUGCGGUGGAGAUGCCCGGGUCUGCAGACAUGUCAGGGUUAAAUGUGCAGUUUGGAGCUCUUGAGUUUGGAUUGGAGCCGCCUCUUUCAGAGUUUGGAUCCGCUGCCAGCUACGAAAGCAACAGCCAGGCAACCAACAGCAUCUUGUACCCAAAGACCGUAAAUGAUCCUUUGAAUACCUCUUUGCCAAUGUCCAAUACAGCACAGGAGUCCACCUAUACCACCACCCCUGCCAUCACUUCUGCCAGCCUGAGCUGCUCUUCCCAGAGCACUAGUCCUGUAAACGCCACUUCUUCUUACGACCAGGCCUCUGUGCAUAGCAGAAUCACAUACCAAAGCUCCGUGCCUCCAACAGAAUCAACCCUGGCUGCUGUCACGAAUGGACAUGGCAGUGUUCGAACGCAGCCAACCCUUGACACUCCGUCAUCCGUUCCAGCGUCUAAGGCAGAAACCUCUCCUCCAUCGCUACCUGCCAAAGGCUCCUCCCUGCCUAGCACCACAGCCGGCGCUGCCGCCACCGCUUUGCUUCUCCCUCCGGCACCCCCGCAUACCGCCGCACUUCCCAGCUUGCCACCGUCCAAUGAGUUGGCCAGCAGCUCUCUCUCCCAGUUAAGCAGCAAUCUUUCGAACCAUCAGAGCAGCCUGCCAUCUGCCUCAGCCCUGUCAUCAUCCACGUCACACACGCACACGAGUGUCGAGAACUGCACUGUGAUCCCUCCUCCUUCCACCACCUUCUCUGCGGCCUCCACCUUGACCACCACGGCUUCCGUCUCCAGCACGGCCAGCAGUGGGAUGGCCAACACCACCAACAGCUUGGGCCUGAACGUGACCGCCGUGUCUUUGCCGGCUCCCACCACCCGGGCAGCUCCCUUAGUGUCUUCAGGCAAAGCACCCCCUAACCUGGCACAAGGGGUACCACCCUUGCUACAUAACCAGUAUAUUGUCGGACCUGGAGGAAUCCUGCCAGCCUACCCACAGAUUUAUGGUUAUGAUGAUCUCCAGAUGCUCCAGUCCCGGCUGCCAAUGGAUUACUACGGAAUUACAUUCCCGGCCCCGGCAACUUUGACAGGCAGAGAAGGGAGCCUUGCUAACAAUGUUUACUCAGGUGAUGUCACGAAAUUCGGCCGUGGAGAUGCUGCCUCGCCCGCCCCCUCGACCACUCUGGCCCAGGCGCAACAGAACCAAACGCAGGCUCACCACACGGCUCAGCAGCCUUUUCUCAACCCGGCCCUGCCGCCCGGGUACAGCUACACGGGGCUGCCCUACUACGCCGGCGUUCCCGGAGUCCCCAGUGCUUUCCAGUAUGGGCCCACCAUGUUUGUUCCUCCGGCGUCCGCCAAGCAACACAGCAUCAGCUUGAACGCGGCCUCGGCACCCUUCCAGCAGGCGAGCGGCUACAGCCAGCACAGCUAUGGGGCAGGCUACGAGGACCUCACGCAGGGGACGGCCGCCGGUGACUACAGCAAGGGAGGGUACACGGGCACCUCUCAAGCACAAAACAAGGCCACUGGGAGCGGACCAGGAAAAGGUGUUUCUGUGACCUCAAGUAACACGGGUGUGCCUGAUAUUAGUGGCUCGGUCUACAACAAGACUCAGACGUUUGACAAGCAAGGAUUCCAUGCCGGCACGCCACCUCCGUUCAGCUUGCCGUCGGCCCUCGGCUCCACGGGGCCCCUGAACCCUGGAGGGGCGCCUGGCUACGCCCCGGCUCCCUUCCUUCAUAUCCUGCCUGCUCAUCAGCAGCCUCAUUCCCAGAUGUUGCAUCAUCACCUUCAACAGGAUGGGCAGGGUGGAUCUGGACCGCGCAGCCAGCCGAGCACGAUGCAGCAGAAGUCCCAGGCUCCGAAAACCGCCUACGGAACAUCUCCCUACUGGACAAACUAACUCCAGACCAGGAAGAAGGGGGAGGCAGGCAGGGAAGAAGGGAGAAAUCCAGCCCGUAGCCGGUGGUGCCCUUUUGCAGACUCCCUAACCCCACCCCUGCCAGAAGAACAUCUGGGGGAAGGGGAGGGGGAGGCACGAUGGAGGGCGGGCAGCCUGACCCCUUCCCCCCGCUUCCUCUAUUAUUUGCUGUUGUAUGUAAUAUAUUUAUGUAUGUAUUUGUAAAUGUAAUAGAGCCUAACGGUGGUUUCUGCAA